AUGUUCCGCCGAAUCGUGAGCGUUCUGGUCGCCGUCGCGGCCGGCGCCGCGGGCGCGUCGCCCUGGGCGGACGAGCGGCGCGAGCUCCAGGUCUGCGUCUGCGGCGGCCCGCCCAUGUGCACCGACGGCGGCUGCUACGAGCCGCUCCAGGGCCAGGACUGCGACAACGGCAGCCCGCCGGAGCAGGAUCUCUGCGCCGACUGCUCGUCCUGCAACACGGGCGCGCCGACGAGCCAGCCGGCCGCCGAGCGGCGCGCCCACGGAGACGUCACGGGCGCGGGCUGCGCCGCGUGCCCGGCCGGAAAAAUAUCCGCCGAGGCCGGCGCGUCGGCCUGCGCCAUGUGCCCCGUGAACACCUACGCGUCGACCGUGGGCUCGACGGAGUGCGUCGACUGCGCGGCCGGCCGCCAGUCGGCUUUGGGGUCCCAGACCUGCGGCUUCUGCGCGGCGGGCCAGUACGAGACCGUCGACGGCGACGGCGACGCCGCGUGCGUCGACUGCGACGCGGGCGCCUACCAGCGCGGCGCGGGGUCCGCGACCGCGGACACGGUGGACUGCGUCGUCUGCGCCGCGGGCACCUACAGCGCCGGCGACGCGAACUCGGAGUGCGCGCCGUGCGCCGCCGGGCGCGCGUCGUCCGCGGGCGCGUCGGCCUGCGACGCCUGCGACGCCGGCCGCUUCGCGAACGCUACGGGCGCGGCGACCUGCGACCUCGCGGCGCCGGGCUUCUACGUCGCCGAGGCCGGCGCGGCGGCGCCGGAGCCGUGCCCCGCGGGCACGUUCAGCGCCGGCGCCGCGGCCACAGCCUGCGAGGCCUGCCCCGCGGGCACGUACGCCGCCGGCGCCGGCGCGACGGCCUGCGCGAUCGCGAGCGAGGACACGUACGUCGCGGCGCCGGGCGCGUCGGAGGCGACGGCCUGCGCGGCGGGCCUCUGCGCGGGCGCCGCGGCGACGGAGUGCGCCGACUGCUACGCCGUCUGCGACUUUUUGCCGACCACAAACCCGACGACGCUGCGCCCGACGACGGCGGCGCCGACGCCGCGGCCGAGCCCGGCGCCGUCGCCGUCGCCGACGCCGCCGCCGACCGCCGCGCCGACGCCGCGGCCGUCGCUCGCGCCGACCGUCGCCACGGCCGCCCCGAGCCCGAAACCGACGCCCGCGCCGUCGCCCCGCCCGUCCGCCGCGCCGACGACCGCGGCCCCGAGCGCGAGGCCGUCCGUCGCGCCCACGGGCGCGUUCCUGCGGAUCUCGUCCGUCGGCGUCGGGUCGACCUGCGUCCUCAACGAGGCCUGCGUCCUGUCGUGGACGUUCCAGGGCGACGGCUGCGAGACGCUCGACGUCUCCGUCGUCGACGGCGACGGCGACCUCGUCACUUCGGAGACCACGGACAACGACGGCCAGGAGAUCAAAGAAUUACCCGGCGACGGCGACCUCGACGGCCAGACCUUCACGCUGACGCUCGCGUGCUCCGACGACGCGGCGCUCGCCGACGCCUACGACUUUCUCGUGUCCUUUUAUCCCGCGCCGUCUCCGGCGCCGACGCCGGCCCCGACGCCCGAGCCGUCGUCCAAACCCACGGCGACGCCCUCCGGCGCGCCGUCGCCGCGACCGUCGCCGGCGCCGACGCCCGCGCCGACGCCCGCGCCGUCGGCGGCGCCCUCCGGCGCGCCGUCGCCGCGACCGUCGCCGCCCCCGAGCCCCGCGCCGACGCCCGAACCGUCCCCGAAACCGACGCCGUCGCCGUCCACCGCCGCCCCCUCGGCCAACUGCGCGCCCGGCUUCGUCGUCGCCGACGACGACGCGUCCGAGUGCCCGGCCGGGACCUACGGCCUCGCGGGCGAGUCCUACUGCGUCGACUGCCCCGCGGGCUCCUUCGCGGCCGCCGCGGGCGCGACGACGUGCACGGUCGCGUCCGCGGGGUCCUCCGUGCCCGCGGCGGGGUCCACCGCGCAGACCGCGCCUUUAACGACGACGCCGGUGCCAGAACUACCGUAG